UUUUGACUCGGUCGCAUGGUCUUCGAACUUAGUGCGUGCGUUAUAGAUGUUUUUUAUGCUAGUAACUAAUCCUAAUUCGUCAAUUUUAUUUAUUAGUUUUAUUCUGCUUAAUUAAAAAAAAAAAAAACGUGAUUUUUAUAUGUUACGAAAUUGUAACAAUGAAAAUUACAUCAGCGCUAAGGCAGCGACCAAAUGAACCACUGUGCCGCACCACUUUCUUAUACAUUGGAAUUGAUAAACUUCUUAGAAAAUACAAAUAACAAUGACUACAGGACAAACUGUGAAUUUAAAUUGUCUAUCUCAAAAUAUAACGAGAGAAAUUGGUUGGUGCCCUCAGCAUUGGGAUAAAUUAUUAUGUUGGAAUGCUACGAAAGGUGGAACAUUAGUUUACCAACCAUGUUUUGGAGAAUUAAACGGAGUUCGAUAUGAUACUUCACAAAAUGCGAGUCGAUAUUGUGACUUUGAUGGUGUUUGGGCAAAUUUUUCAGAUUAUAUGAAAUGUCAACACCUUGAAAUCAGUUAUAGUGAAUCAGAUCUAUCAGUUAUAUAUGAAUCAUAUUUCUAUUUAUACGGCUAUAUAAUCUCUUUGGUAGCAUUAAUAGCUGCCGUAUUAAUAUUUUUAUAUUUCAAAGACUUACGAUGCUUGAGGAAUACAAUUCAUACGAAUUUAAUGUACACUUAUAUAUUGUCCGACUUUACAUGGAUUUUAGCUGAUGUUUUACAGAAUCGUGUUUACUCAAACUAUGAAGUGUGUGUAACAAUGGCUUUUUGUUUAAAUUAUUUUUUUUUAACUAAUUUUUUCUGGAUGUUUGUUGAAGGUUUAUACUUGUACAUUUUGGUUGUGGAAACUUUCACCCGUGAAAAUAUUAAACUUCGUGUAUACAUGUUUAUUGGAUGGGGCAUACCGCUUAUUAUAAUGAUAAUAUGGAGUAUAGCCAAGAUAAUCUCACCAAGUGGAAACAUGGAUAAUGCUCGUUGUAAAUGGAUAGACCCACACCCUGUACACGAUUGGAUUUAUCAAAUCCCAGCCAUAUUGGUGUUAAUAGUAAACCUGAUAUUCCUUUCAUGCAUAAUGUGGGUUCUUAUAACGAAGUUACGAUCAGCAAAUUCGGCAGAAACACAACAAUUUCGAAGAGCCAGCAAAGCUUUAUUAAUUCUUAUUCCCUUGCUAGGCGUCACGUAUAUUUUAACUAUGUGUGGACCCAGUGGAAAUAACAUAUAUGCCAAUUUUUACAUUUAUGGACGAGCGUUGCUUUUAUCUAUGCAAGGAUUCAUUGUCGCAAUAUUCUAUUGUUUUGUCAAUUCAGAGGUCAAAAACACGUUAAAACAUCACUUUAUUCGUUGGAAUGAUGCUAGAAAUUUAAGAACGAAUGGUAGCCGAAGAUUUACUUACUCCAAGGAUUGGUCACCAAAUACAAGGUCUGAAAGUGUCAGAUUAACUCGACCAUCGAUUGUAGCAGAUUCAGUGUUGGGCAAAGGAAAGAGAGCCUCGACUGUUAGCAGCUCUACUACAAUGACAUUUAUUGUAUCUAACGGACCAAUCGGUUCUGUGGCUUUGACUAACGUCGGCCAAAACCGCACGUUGCAUCCACCGUCAGAAAAUCCUGUUUAAAUAUUGGCUAUUAAUGACUGCAACCGUAUUUAUUACAGAUUACUGUACUUGUCAAUUGCGUCCUACAGUGUUUUAAUGUGUGAUUAAUUUCAUGCUACACAUUAUUAUGCUGCAUACCGUUCCAUUUAUGUUAUACCUAUUUAGAAGGUAAGUAAUUGUAUUUAUCGUGUAUUAAUAGUAUAAGGUACACAGUGUGUUCCGUUCAUCAACAGCCACUCAAUGACUCAUAAUAUAAAUACAACGUUAAAAAAAAAUUUUUGUUUUUUAUUAUUUAUUAUAUAUUAUUAAUAUAUUAGCUAUUAAUUACUUUUUUGUAUGAUCUAUUUAUACUUAUAGGGGCGUUAACUUAUUUUUUUUAUGGAAAAAUACAUAUUUAACUAGCUUAUAUAAUUAUCUAAAAAAAUGGCGGGACGAUAACAUAUUUUGAACCAGCAUGAAAAUUAUUAACAUUUUUAUUUGUAGGCGGGAAUAGACUAGAAAAGUCUAAUAAUAAAAUAGUCAUACCAGCAGCUCUUCCGAUUCUAUAUUUUUAAAAUACCAGAACUUCUAAAGUAUUGGUCCAAAAGUUGUCAUUUUUUUUAUUAAAUCAUUUCCUAUUUUAUAAAUUAAGUAAAUAUACAGAGUAAUUUUUUUAAUGCUAGCCACUCAUUUCUCUUAAAAUUUUGGAAAAUGUUUGGUUUUUGUUAGUUACAUACGUAAUUCCAUUUUUGGUUAUAAAACAAUUGUUUCCAUUCCUUAUAUCUUAUAAGGUUAUCAACUUUAUUUUUUUAUAUAGCAAUAGACAUAUUUAAAGUUUAUAAAAUAGAAAAUGAUCUAAUUAAGUAAAUUACUGGUCGAUAAAAUCUUUUGGAUCAGAACUUUAGAAGUCAUUCUCAUUUUAAUACCUUGGCCGGAGGACUUUAAAUUGUUUAUUAGAUCAUUUUAUAUUUUUUAACAUAUAAAUGAAUACAUAUGUAACUAACUAAAACAGAAAAAAUUUUUUCAAAAAACUUAAUAUUUUAAGAACAUUUAUGUGGCUAGCGUUAAAAGAAUCACUCUGUAUAUGUCGCAUUUAUAAAAAGAAAGUUGAUAUCUAUAUGAAUUAUAAAAAUAAUACUUAAAAGUAAUCAAUAGCUAAUAAAUCAAGUAAUACAUGUAGCUAAAAAAUUAAAUUUGUUUUUUUAAUUUUGUAUUAAUUGUGGGAGUAAUUAGGUAGUUUCUGAUAAACGGAUUAUUCUGUAGUUUAUUAGAAUCAUAAAUUAUUUGUCAAAAAUAAAUAUGCUAUAGUAUAAGUGAAUUUUUUUAUAAAUUUCAUUAAAUAAUUUUACUGUAUCAUAGUUAAAUAGAGCCAAAGAAGUAUUAUAUUUUACAACAUGAAUUACACAUUAUGUUAGUUUUUUUUAAGCUAUUCAUUAAAUUAUACAUUUUGUUUGAAACAUUUUUUUCAAUCAAUCGAGUUAUAUUUCGUAUCUCAGUCCUACAAACACUAUUUUUCUUAAUUAUCCUUUGUCAAUAUGCGCAUUUAAAUUAUCCACAUAAUAUAUAUCUCAUAAUAAUUAAAAUUUGACAAGUCAUUCAGUUUUUUUAUCAUGAAUAUAGUUAAAACUAAUGAUGGGAAAUAUCGAAUAGUAACUAUCGAACUAUUCGAUAGUGGUUCACUAUUCAAACUAAUCGAUAGUCUUUCAAAAACUAUUUGAAUAGUAAAAAUAUUCUAUAGUUACACAAUAUCUUUGAAUAGCUUAUGUUAAAAAUAAACUAUUCAGUUGUAUAAAAACAAUUCGAAUUGUUAUUCGAUAAUUUAAAAUAUUCGAAAAUGCCCAUCACUAGUUAAAACAAACUAAUCUGAAAUAGCCAGCACUCUUAUUAAUAUGAAAAUAAGUUCAUAAAGCAGUUGUUUUAAAAAUAAUUAAUAAAAACAUAAGAUUCCAUGAAUUUAACUUAAAUUUAAAAGGAAAUAAUAAUUUUGUUAUCCAAGGGAAUUAAAAAUGUUAAAAAUUAUUUUUAGUUAUGUAGGCAAUCAAUAUACGUUUCUUUUACUAAUUUGAAAGUAUCACAUUUUGAUUAUGGUAAAGGGUUAGAAAUAAACUUAACUAAAAUGUUUAAUGAUUCCAAAAUAAAUUAAAAAAUUUUUUUUUAAUAAUUUACCUUUAAUAAACGUUAAUUUUUAUAAA